CGCGACGCCAACUCUGCGACAAACGUGCGGCACGCGCUGAUGGACAUACUGCUUGGUAGAGAGUGGCCUGUGGCCCUGCGCCGCGUUGGCGGCGACGGCGGUGGUGGUGGAGGGCCUGGCCCCACCAGCAGCAGCGGUAGCGGCCCUGGGCCCGGCGGCAGCAGCCCUGGGCCCAGCAGUUGCGGCGUGCAUGUGCGUAGCGGAGGGGGCGAGCAAGGCCACAUGGAGGAGGACAGCGCGGCGUCGCCCAAGAAGCGGCGCCGGCGCGCAGGUUGAGGCCGGCCGAUGUCUGGUUAGCGGUCUUUGCUGGCAUGCAUAGCACUGCACAGUAUGUGGUAGGCCGCAGCAGCGGGGAUGUCGUGGCUGGAGGAUUUCCUGCUGUUUGGUUGCCCUGUGGCUGUGCUUGUGCUUGAUAGCUGGACGCGACUGGACACAUGGCGGGCCAUGCCUGUACGAACCGACCCCGGCUAUGUCCGGGAGGUGAGGCAGAUGCUUGUGGCCUUAGACUAGAGACGUGGCGUGGGCUCAGCCCACUUUUCCCUUGCGAGGGGAACCAGUAUCUUGUCACAUGUUACGUGAGGACGUAAACACUUGUGGUAGGACAUCACACUGAAUGAACCCGGUAAUCAAAAGGUCCUUGUCCUGUUGUGUUCCUGCGACUGUUCCUUGCUCUGUUCUGUAAGUUUGAUGGUUGCUUCGCCUGUUUUUUUGGGCCCCCGGUCUGCCCUUGCUUUGCCCCGGAGGGGUGCCCUUGGGUUUCGGUGGCUGGUGCAGGGGUCCCUGGCGUCCUGCUUGCUCACGUUGCAGGUUGCGUGCCGGUGUGGUGCUGUGCCUUCCCCUUUCCUUCUCAAGGUUUGGUCUUUGGACGGAAUGCCGUGCAUGGGCACGCCCCCAAGUGAACCUGGGUUGGCGCAGCACCGCACCAACAAUGCUGCCCAGCAGGCUCGGCCAACAAACUCUGUAGGUGAGCACAGUAGUGUGCUAUGCACAAAGUCUACCCAUCUUCAGAGGAAGAAGUGAACCUGGGCGCCCAGGAACCGCGAGCGCCAGCCAGGGCAGUACGGCCAGGGAUGGAUGGCGGGACAUGUAUACAGUUAAAGGGGUGGGAGACGUGGGUGGGAGAUGAGAGACCGGAUAGAUGACGGAAAUGCUGCAUUGACAGGAACACAACACGAGCCUUGGUGGCGACGUACGAGAGAGACAGAACAAGAGAUUGGGCCAGUAGUCAUAGGGCGGCCAGGAUGACGACGCAAUGAGGGAUGGUGAAGGGGAGGGGAGCGCCUGUGCCAAGGGGUACGCGGGAACCGCCGCAUACAGACGAAUGUGCAGAAGGCGGUUUCAUCGUCGUUUUGUCCACGAGCUACUGGUCCCAACACGAAUUGGGGGGGGGGGGACGUCAGGUAUGAGGAAAAGGGAUUGGUUAGGGAGAAGGAUAAGGCGGUGGGGUAGAUAUAGCGAAGGAGUGAGAUAGGGGUAGGGUACGGGGCGGAUGGCGGUAACGAGGGAGCAGAGGGCUAGCCGUAAGCAAAACAAGCAAGGGCAUAGGGCUAGCAAGCACUAAAUGGGAGGGCCUCGAUCGCUGGCUGGGGCGGGGGGGAUUCAGAGGAGGCGGUGGGGGGGGUGUAAGGGAUACGGUACUUGCGAGCAGGCCAGGGCGGAAGUGCAUGCCAUGAGUGGGCGGGGGCAGAAGGGAAGUGUGGCGGCUACGGUCCGCCCCUGACAAAGGUGAAGCCUGCUGGGAGAGGGGCAGACGAUGCCUUUGGAGGAACAGGUAGGGGGUGGGGGCGCUUAGCCAAUGUAGGCGUGGUCGCACCCCAGAAGGUCCAGGGGGGCACCUCAAGAUCGGAUUCACCAGAGGCUUACUCUGGUACCCAUGGCGCUGGAGGUAGAAUACAUGGGUUUCUGUUGUUCCACCAUAGGAGGGCCACGAACUCGGAGAGCAUCUGAGGCCGCAAGUAUCUUUGUGCUGACGGUGCCGCCACCAGUACAGCCAAAACCAGUGAUGCGUGCUUGGCGGUGGAGUUCAUAUUUGUAUCAGCCAGGGGACAGGUUAGCAAUGAAAGGCGCGGCAGGGUUGCCCAUGGGGAUACCACAGAUUUGCCGCACAAGCGCUCGCCCAAACCACAUUAUUGACUAGUGUUGCGGAACUAAUGCGUACGUAGACCAGAGCGGAAGGCGGAGUGGGCUUGCAGGCGGCACGAGAGUAGGCAGUCAGUAGCGCAAGUUGCGAAUUCACAUGUUACCUCGGAACCGACGGUAAACGCUGUGGACGGUCGCGCCCAGGGCUGGCUGACGGAAGGUGGCUGCUGUAUUGGUAUGGCUGGGCUGGACGACGCCGGCCGGGCUGGCGUUGGGACUACCAGAAAGGAUGCGCCCGAAACCAACCUGGAGAACACCAGCGCCACCGGUGCCCAGCACGACAUGUAUGGGAGGGAGGGAGGGAGGGAGGGACAGGAGGCGUGAUGCACUGCAGCGUAGAAGCUAUGGCGCUAGGCGCGAGGCAAGCAACGUCAACCCCAAAGCAACCGCGAGGACAUGGUGCGCAAGCCGGGCUGCGGGCUGUGGCUGUGCGCUGCGCGGGGUGACUAAACGAAGAACACUAAGUACGGGGAAGUGAUGGAUGCGGUGAAAUGAGCAAUCGCGCCGGGCGGCCGAGGAAGUAACGACAGCGCGAUCGCUGCAUGGCUCAUCCCGGUCGCACUGCGGCAUGGGCGCGUGCGGUGCAUGCCGUGCGACACCAGGAAGCCACAAGCAGCAAACGCAAACGAAGGUGGAGGAUAUUGGCACGUCAAGCAGCACGUCAAGCAGCAGUCACAUAAACAAUAUAUUUUA